GUAAUUAUACCAAACAAAAAAGAGGGGAGUUAAUGGGGGGAGAAAAGAAGCAAUCAAUGCAAACAUGCAUGGAAAACGGAUUGACCAAAUGACCACGCAGUAAACGAGUUUCCUGCCCUUCAACUUUAUUUGCUUCUCCUUCUUCUUCUUCUUCUUCUUUCUCUACUGUUCACCCAUUAUUAGUCCUCUGGGUAGUUGCAGCGGUUUUAAUUUUGCAGUGUUUAUUUCGGCGAGAUUCUCAUUUUUUAAAAAAUCUUUGGGUGUUGGAUUUCUGUCAUUUUUUGGUUUUUUUCAGUCUAUUUCGUGGGUUGGCAAAUUUGAAUUUGCAUUGCCAAUUCUUGACCUUUUUUUCGCACUGGGUAUCAUAUGACAGCUUUAGUUUUCUUUUUUUGGUUUGGUUCUUUUCUGUACUCAUCUCUUCUGUUUAAUGAUGGUGAGAUGAAGAUAAUGGGUUCAUUGAUCCUUGGCAUCUUCUGAAACUCUUGCCAGUCUCAGCUAUUAAAAAGAAAAAGAAAAAAAAUUCAAUUCUUGAAAUUUUACUGUGGAGUGGCUCAAGAUUGGUGCUUUAUUGGAUGGCUUUGAAUCUGCGGCUGGAAUCUUUGAUGGGGUAGAGACAUUGGGGAUUCUUUGGACUUUGAAUUGUGGGGAGGCUAAAGCUAGGGUUUUGGUGUCUUUAAUGGCAAAGGUUUGAAAACAAGCUGUGAAGACAAGAAAGGAAGCACCAUUGAGAAAUUCAAAUUUCAAAUGCAUCUUUCACUAUGGAAACCCCUGUCCAAUUGUGCAGCCAUAAUCUUGGACAGGAAGAAGAUGAGGAAAGGGGAUGAUUCAGGCUCAGCUCAGCUCUCAAAGGCAAGGCCUUCAAUUCUGAGGCAAUUGCAGGAGGCCAGAAUCAGGGAGGCUCUUGAAGAUGCCUCUGAGAAUGGGUCACUGGCAAAAUCACAGGACAUUGAUGAAGAGCCAUCAGAGAAUGGCAACUUUGGGAGGUCAAGGUCUCUGGCUAGGCUGAAUGCUCAGAAGGAAUUCUUGCGAGCCACUGCGCUUGCAGCGGACAGGACCUUCUGCACUGAAGAAGCCAUUCCUGAUUAUCAAGAAGCUUUCAAUAAGUUUCUGAUUAUGUACCCCAAGUUCCAGUCUUCAGAAAGGAUUGAUCAGCUGAGAUUGAAUGAGUACAGUCACCUCUCUGAUUCUGAUGCUAAGGUAUGCCUUGAUUACUGCGGCUUUGGGUUGUUUUCGUAUUAUCAAACUGUUCAUUUCUGGAAUACAUCUGCAUUUGGCUUAAAAGAAAUUACUGCAAAUCUGAACAAUCAAGCCUUACAUGGAGGUGCUGAAGAGGGCACUGUGGAGCAUGAUAUUAAAGUAAGGAUUAUGGAUUAUUUGCACAUUCCUGAAAAUGAGUAUGCUCUGGUGUUUACUGUUAGUAGAGGUUCUGCAUUUAAAUUGCUUGCUGAAUUUUACCCUUUCCACACAAACAAGAGGUUGUUGACUAUGUUUGAUCACGAGAGCCAAUCCGUGAAUUGGAUGGCGCAAUGCGCCAAAGAGAAAGGCGCCAAGGUUGGCAGUGCCUGGUUCAAAUGGCCAUCGUUGAAGCCUUGCUCUAGGGAGCUGAGGAAGCAGAUAUCGGUCAAGAAAAAGAGAAAAAAGGUUUCUGCAGUUGGGCUUUUUGCUUUUCCUGUCCAGUCUAGGGUUACGGGUGCUAAGUAUUCUUACCAGUGGAUGGCAUUGGCACAGCAACACAAUUGGCAUGUGCUGCUGGAUGCUGGUUCAUUAGGUCCCAAGGACAUGGAUUCGCUUGGUUUGUCCCUUUUUAGGCCAGAUUUCAUAAUCACGUCGUUUUAUAAGAUCUUUGGUUCUGACCCUAGUGGGUUUGGGUGCCUUCUGAUUAAGAAAUCUGUUAUGACAGCCCUACAGAACCAGCCUGGCCGUACUGGAACUGGUAUGGUUAGGAUUGUUCCCGAGUUUCCUCAAUACCUAGACGAUUCUUUAGAUUGUUUGGAUGGAUUGGUGGAAUUUGAAGAAGGAACAGAUAACGGGAAUGAUGAAUUGGUGAUUGGAAAACCCAGAGGCUCUCAAUUACCUGCAUUUUCUGGUGUUUUCACGUCCUCACAGGUGAGAGACGUGUUUGAUACUGAGAUGGACCUAGAUAAUAUCUCAGACCGGGAUGGGGCAAGCACUAUAUAUGAGGAAGCCGAUAGCAUUUCAAUUGGGGAAGCCAUGAGAAGUCCCAUCUUCAGUGAGGACGGGUUAUCUGAUUACUCAUGCUGGAUCGAUUUAGGUCAGAGUCCACACCACUCCGAUCUUUCUGGCCAAUUGACCAAAGAGAAAUCGUUAGCACCUUUAACUCAGUCAUGGUUUUCAAUCAGGGAAGAAAAUAAGCCAUUCUCUCCGAAGGUGGGAUCAAAAGUUUCUCAGAACAAAGUAUACGAACCUAUGAUUUCUUUUGACACGGCUGUCUUGUCAAUGUCACAAGAACCAGAUUUUGUCAGGGAGACCUCUCGUGAACCAUAUCUGACAAUGCAAAAAGAUGUUGGUGGCAAAGACAUUCAAGAAGAAAUUGAAAUUGUUGAAGAAUUAAGCAGAGGUUCAGAGAGUAGCUCUAUCUCGAAUGGAUUGCGAAUCAAUCAUGUUCCCGGAGGCUUUCAGCAUUUUGAUCCCGAAAUCUGUCAAGGAAUAAAAGAAAAUUGCAUAAGGAGAGAGACCGAAUGUGAUUUCAGAUUAUUAGGAGGAAGGGAACAAAGUAGACAAGGCGGUGGCAGGUUUUUCGGUUUGGAGGAUGGUGGCCAAGCAGCAAGCCUCGGCUAUAGAGAAUCUUUUACCUUGAAUAAGAACAGAGAAGGAAGAUCACAGCACUUCCUUCGAUCCGAUGAAGCUUUGAUGACUGGCCAUGAUGAUGGCGAUUUUAUUGUCGAUGGAGAAUAUGGUGACGGGCAAGACUGGCAGAGGAGGGAGCCCGAGAUAACCUGCCGCCAUCUUGAUCAUGUUGAUAUGUUGGGCCUAAACAAAACAACUCUCCGACUAAGGUAUCUGAUCAACUGGCUCGUUACUUCACUGUUGCAGCUUCACUUCCCGAGUUCUGACAAGGCCAUAGGAGCGCCUCUCGUGCAGAUAUAUGGCCCUAAGAUAAAGUACGAAAGGGGUGCAUCAGUGGCUUUUAAUGUGAGAGACAGCAGUAAAGGAGGCCUAAUUCAUCCCGAAACUGUUCAGAAGUUGGCUGAGAGACACGGGGUAUCUCUUGGCGUCGGUAUCCUCAGUCACAUUCAAGUGGUUGAUAGCUCAAAACAGCGCCAUAGAAGUCGAUGCCCCGAAGAUAUAGCCCUAUGCAAACCAAUGUCCAGCGGUUGCCAUGACAACAAGAACCAACUCUUCCGGAUAGAGGUGGUUACAGCAUCACUUAGUUUCUUGACCAACUUUGAAGACGUUUAUAGAAUGUGGGCGUUCGUGGCCAAGUUUUUGAACCCCGUUUUCAUAGAAGCAGACAGACAAUCAGCAGAUUCAGAAGAUUUUCAAGAGACGUAAUGUAGAUCGAGAGUCUGGCAAUUCAAAGUGGAUGGUGCUCAUCUGGUGUAUGUAUUCUUCAGAUUCUUAUUUUUACUUCUUCAAGAUUUCGUUUUGCAUCCUCGACUUGUUUCAGGAAUUCUUUUGAUAUACUUACUCUGCUACUUGUGAGUGGAAAUUGUGAGAACUAUAUACUAAAGCUUGAGUUUUUGUGAUUCUUCUUAGCUGUGUUUGUUUCUUGUACACCUUUUUGUGUGAUGUCCUACACCAAACCUAACAACUUUUGGUUACUUAUACAAUGGAAAUGGGUAGAUCAGUCUCUUUUGCA